UAAUGUGCAAUUAACGACAACACACCUUUGAUUAUGAUGGCGCGCUCGGUCGGUAUCGGAUCUUUCCUAUCGAAUCUUAUCUUCGACGCCCGCGCAUCGGGCGUCUCAUGUUUUAUGCCUUAACAUUGCGAUUAGAGCCGCUCGCGCACGACCUUCAAGCGCGAUUUGCAUCUUGCAAGCGCGAUGAUUGCACGAGCGCGAGUCCAAAAAUCGCAGCGUAUCUCAGUCUCAUUAAGCGUGCUGAUAUACACGCCGCGCGUGUACAGUGAGUAAUAACGAGGAGAGAUCGCGACGCGUCGACGCGCUAAUCACAGCUUCCCGACUUGAUACCGUCCCUCGGCUGCUCCUCGGGAACGUCGAAAAGCAUCGGCGUCAUCGGCGUCUCGGGGAAGAGGCCGGGAAAGACGGCGAUGGUUCGAGGGAAAACGUCCCGAGAAUUUCUCCCCAUAAAUGACCAGCCAACCGACAUCCCCCGAAGAGAGACGGGGGUCUCGUGGGCAAACUGGAGCGUGGCGGGAAAAUCCGCGGGAUCCGCCGGGAGUAGGACAACGCGACGAGAGGCAAAAGGACGACGCGAUCCGCGGCGAGGCGGCCGAGAGGUGGAGAGGCGGACAACGAGCACCGGAGAGGCAUCGCAUCCCUACCUCGUCCGCCUCACCGGCGGAUGAGAGAGAAGAGCAGGUGGGCUCUCGACGAUCGGACCUGACGACUACGAGAGAGUCCCGGUCUGCCGCCUCCUGCGCUCAGCACGCUGCGGAGGCACGAGAGACGCGCGACGACGACGACGACAGAGAGACUCGCGCGGCGAGGCGCGAGUUCGUUGGCCGACCGUCACCCGCGCGCGCCCGUACCCGGCCGUUCCCGACCGGCCGGUCGCCUGCUGGUGUGCCCGGCGACGACGGGCCGAGCGAACGUAUUCUGGAAGCCGGAUCGGAUCGGAGGAAAAGGGCACCUGGACCACCGGCCUGACGACCUGCGCCUGACGAACAGGCGCGGGCGCGGUCCGCUUCGCUUCGCUUUCCUUCGCCUCGCCUCGCCUCGCCUCGCCUCGCCUCGCCUCGCCUCGCUUAGCCCCAGCUCGACUCGACUCCACUCGCCGUAGCGCGCUUCGCCGCCACCAGAGGAAAACCCGCGCACCAGGUUCCAGUCGAGAAAUCGACCCGCGUCACCCAGGCCGACAGGCAGGUGCUAACUCGCGCGUGACUCCGGUUAGCUUCGAGUCAUAGUCGCGCGCCCGCUCGCACUGGCCGGACGUGCUCGUCGAGCACGGCAAGAGCCGGUGAGAAAACGCUACGCGUGCGGACUCGAGCACUGAGGAUUUUGCGUGAUUUCGACUGGCCAAAACUGGACCGCGAGUCGCGAGAGGAGCCUGGAGAGACUCGUCCGGAGAGGAGAGACAGUGAGACCGCGAGGCUCUUGAAGGAUUUUGGAGGAAUAUUCAGUAGAGAAAUUUCGACUUUUGAAACUCGCUGGAGGAAAUUUGAGAGAGAGAGAGAGAGAGAGAGUGUCUCUGCAAAUUUGCUCGAAAGCCCUAAGCGGCUCAGGAGCAAAAGUACGGACGCUGGAAAAUCCCGAACGUAUCAUUUUGAAGUCUUAAGACGCUUUGGGCGAUUCUGGCGUCUAUUGAAGCGUCGGAAGGAUCGGAAGUAACUGGACGCGUUCGAGAAAUUCUCGCGAAUUUGUGUGAACCGGUUUGGAUACCCGGAUCGAAAUCCGGAGGGACUUGGGGACGCGCUUGAAGAACGAAGAGAUUCGACUGCGGUGACUCGAUCUUGAAAUUCGCGACAGCCGAGGGGAGAGUCGGAAGAGGGUGGUCCUGAGGAUUCGCGUGGAGCACGAGGAGAGCGCAUCGGCGGCGCCAACGUGGAGCGGAGGUACCGUUGUCUCUCUGGUCGCGCUGGGGACUCGCGGAUGAACGGCCUUGACGGCGCGAGCCUUGGCGAGCCCCGGUUUGGUCCGAACUAGGACAGCGGAGCGUGCGUUCCGACAGAUGAGCGGAAGGAUCGAGCGGAGCCUUCUUCUGCGACCGAGCGCGGAGCCGCCUGCGACGAGCGACCGGAGGCGACCUGAGAGGCUUUUUGGUUUCCGGUUGCGCAGCGGAGUACCAAGUCCGGUUUUGCAUGGGUGUAUACCAGCAGGAGACCGGCAAGCCUCCUCCUAAUGUCACCCCGAAGAUGGCCAGGGAUCGUUCCGGGUCGGACUACUCGGGUCACAUGAGCGACACCACGACGUGCAGCUGCGUCGCCAGCUCCAUGGACAAGUGCUCGUUACGUGGCUGCGGGAUGUUCCAGGAGCCAUUCUUCCUGCACCCGCCGGGCUCCCGGCCGCGGGACGGCAUCUACAUCAACCCGAUGAGCGCGUAUAUCGGAGAGCCGCCGAAGCCGAAGGACACGGAGUCCUUCUACCUGCACAGCCCGCACGAUCUCGUCUACACGAGGAUCACCCGGCUGUUCGGCGAUGCCGAGAAGCCGCGGAACGGCGUCGCGGCGGAGCGCCAUGCGGAGAGGAAAGACGAGACUCUGACUGUGAAAGUGGACGUGCACAUCAACAACGGCGGCUUCAACCGGUCGCUUCAUCCCGGCAACGGACACGCGGCCCGCUCCGAGAUCGCCCCGAGAGAGUCCUCGGAGCACGCUUACGAGCAGAUCUGCGUACGACAGGAGGAGACUGGCAGCGUCGGCUCGUCGUCGCGCAAGAAGCUGGCUGACAACACCUCCGACAGCAGUCGUUCUCGGAAAACCGACAGGCGAUACAGCCGGUCCAGCAGCGCCAGCGAGUCCUCGAACAUGAGUAGCGAGAUCCACUGCUUGUCCUCGACAACGUCUACCCCCUCUUUGUCGCGACACAGCAGCAACGAGCGGAUCGGCAAGGGUGUCAAGACGAAUCCCGACGUGUCGCAUGAGAGGAAGGACUCGUCGAGCACGCACGUGGAAAGUGAAAAGGAGACCCGAGCGGCCGGCAAUGGCGGACCUAGUCUUUCGAAACCACCGCCACCCCCGCCGCCGCCGCCACCGGACAAGGAUGACGACGUGGUGGUCGUCCUGGUGAGCGCCAAGCAGAGCGCGGAGAGCAUCGCCGUCGGCGAGAAGAAAGAGCCGCGGAGCACCGGCCAGGACGGAAGGAGCGAGUCCUCCGCGACCAACAAGUCCGACGUAUCCUCCGGCGAGCAUCAGCAGCCGGAAGUGCCUCCCGCCAGUGCGCCGGUGGACGCGGACGAAAUCAAAGCGAGCCAGGCGUCCCACCUGGUAAACAGGCACAUGGUGCUGCCGUUUAUACCGCCCAAGUUCGCCAACGCGGACUCCAACACCCUGCUGAAGCCGUCCGAGUACCUGAAGAGCAUCUGCAAGGCGCCGUCGAAGAACAGCCUGUCGAAGGCGAGGUCAGUGGACAACUUGGACAUCCAGAGCCGGAAUAACGAGCAGGCUGAGGAGGAGGCGGAAGGCGCGGAGGAGGAAGAGGAGGAGGAGGAGGAGGAGGAAGGUGCGCGAAGGAGCGAAGAGGCCAAGGGGUCUCCUACGGGCCCGCCGCCGCCGCCGUUGUCGCCCUUGCAGCGAGCACGGGCUAAUCAAGUAGCAGGUACCGGCGGCAACGAGUCCGAGAGCUCCAAGAAUCCGCAACCCUUGGCGACGAUCAGCAUUCAGGACCUCACGAGUAUCCAGCUACGACGGACCGGCACGAAGAUGAACGCUACCAAGACGUUCUCCGCUCCGCCUCCUCGCAGCGUGUCCAUGACUAACGUUUCAGAGCCGUUCUUCGUGCAAAAGACGGACCUGAUCGCCGAGCUGAAGCGCACCAAGGACAUACCCGGCAUCAAGAAACUGAAGGUGGAGCGGGCGCAGGUGGAGAAGACUCAGGAGCAGAAUCUCAUGUCGGAAAUCAAUAAAGCCUUCAGCGUCACGAAUUUCGUCGAUCAGAUUCCGGAGAAGGACAGCUCAGGAAACGUGAUACCGAUCUGGAAGCGGCAGAUGCUGGCGCGGAAGGCCGCGGAACGCGCGAAGAAGGAGCUCGAGGAGCAGAUAGCGCGGGAGAACGAGGAGAGGCGGCAGAAGGCGAUCCCGCCGUGGAAGCGACAGCUUCUCGCCAAGAAGGACAGCGAGGAAAAGAGACUGAACCAGACACAGCAGGCGUCCGCGUCGGCCGCUUCCGCCGUCGCCGCCGCCUCCGCUGUCGUCGUCGUCGCUGCCGCCGCCGCCGCCGCCGCCACCGCCACCGCCACCGCCACCGCCACCACCACCACCGCUACGCCGGCCAAGUUCGACGCGACGACGAAACCGAAGAGGGACGCCUCACCGGCGACGUCGAGCGUCAUCAAGAAGGAGGAGAAGCCCGAGGCCGACGAGAAGCGGGAGGACUCGACCAAGGACGAUUCCGACGAUGGCCAAAUUAUACCCUGGCGGGCGCAAUUAAGGAAGACCAACAGCAAACUCAACAUCCUCGAUUAACGAUCGGGCGGCCCAAGAAAAUACGCGCGGUCGCGUCACGAAAGCGAGUUUAAGCACCGUGAGAGAGAGAGAGAGAGAGAGAGAGAGAGAGAGAGAGAGAGAGAGAAGGAGAGCGAAAAAAAUUCGGGAGAAGGACAAGACACGGUGCGCGCGAGUAAUUCGCGCUUUAUCCCUCGGACUACGGCGAGUCUACUCGUGUAAUCGGAGUUAAUAUAAUGUAACUUACGCAAUCCGGGUAAAAUGUGAGCGAGAAGAGGAGGAGGAGGAGGAGGGGUGUCUGUCUGUUCUCGCUAGCGGAGAUAUAAAUGAACAUAUAAGGUGAUUCAUGGUAUUACACAACGCACGAAGCGUCUUCGAUGCUCUCGAAGACUAGCACGUACGUACACUCGUAUAAGAUACUCCACCGCGGAGUCGAGCGGAUAUAGUCGAGAAGGAUACUUUUUUUUCUCUUUUUUUUUUUCCAAUGUACUCCAUUUGCGUCCAUAUUGCGCCUUUGCGAAAUAUCCUCGCACGUGUCACCGCGUGGUGUGACUAACAUUGUACCUUCGAACGUAUGCAUACACAUAUAUAUUUCUUUUUUCCCGACGACAAUACGUUUGCGGAAUUAUAAUUCGCGAGGGGUAUAUGCGAGAGCGUUCCCGGAUACAGGAGAUAUAGAAACUAUCUUACAACUGCGCAGAGAGGCGGAGGAAGAGGGACAGAGAGGGAGAGGGAGACCUGAUCGUCUCUCAUCAGUCGGAGAACCGACUGCGACCAAUGUACAUACGAAAAAGUUUGAUGAUUCCGUUUGCAUUAUACAGCUUGAGGUAAACUGCCAGACCUGACGAAUCCUAAUUAGUUAAUCGCGAUCCUGCACUAUCGACGCGGCCGCGGUAAGAUUCCGCUCGGCCCGGUCGGUCGUUUCCAUUCGACGAAAAUUCCACGCGCGCCGCUUAAUCGCUAAGCGAAGCGAGGAGGAGGAGGUGAAAGGUGAAGAUCGAGGAGCAGCGGAGAUUACGGGCGUAUCUCGCUGACUUUCGCUGUGAGGAGAGGAGAGCAGAGGAGAGGG